UACGCCCAGUCUCAAAAGAGCCAUCCCCCCCACACCCGGACCCGUGCCCUCCCCCUCCUCCUCCUCGUGCUCUCUCAUGGAGGCCACCCCGAUCUCCAUGAAGCCACCGUCGCCGGCUCCGGCGCCGGCGCCGGCGCAGCCUCCACCGCCGCCUCCGCCUCCGCCGCCUCCCCUGAUAGAAGCGGUGCCGCUGGCCAUCGUGGAGCCCCUGCCUUCGCCUUCACCGCCGCCGGCCGUGGCAGGAGGGCUCGAGGCGGAUCCCUCCGCCGCAAACCAGCUCGCGCUCGCUACGACGCCCAAGAGGCAGAGGGUGGAGGAGGCCGCGGAUGGGAACGGGUGCAAACAUUGCGCCUGCAAGAAGUCCAAAUGCUUGAAGCUAUAUUGCCCAUGCUUUGCUGGUGGUGGUUAUUGUUCUGAAAAAUGUGGAUGCGUGCCAUGUUUCAACAAGUCUGAUUACGCAGAAACUGUUCAGACCACUCGCAAGGUGCUGCUUUCACGGCAGAAACGGAUGUCACUGAAGAUUAAUAGAAGAUCUGAGGCUAAUGCUGAAGCCAUGGAAGACGCACACAAUUCUUCUUCUUCAACUCCGCCAAGGCGAGGUUGCAAUUGCAAGAAAUCAAGUUGCUUGAAGAAAUACUGCGAUUGCUACCAGGAUGGGACUGGAUGCUCCUUAUUUUGUAGAUGUGAGGAUUGCAAGAAUCCUUAUGGGAAAAAUGAAGGUAUAAUGACGGAAGAAACAAAGCGUUUUAUAUACACUGGCGCUGAUCUGGAUAAUAGUGAGGAUGACCAUGAAUUUGUCGUGGAGCGAUCUCCACGCAUGCAAUCACCAAUCUCAAAGGAAUCCUCUCUUCAACACACUCCAUCUCGCAACAAAGCUUCAAGCAGGGAUACACACUUGUUCCCGCAGGGGCUGUCACAGUGGCAGCCCCGCUGGCAGUCUUCCAAGAGGCAGAUCAAUGAUCGUGCGAUCGAUGACUCUGGAGAGAACAGAAAUCUGAACAAUGAUUGGCAAUUAGCCAAGCACCAGGAGGACAGCUACAGCAUAUCGAGAUGCAUCCAAAUCCUGAACAGCAUGGCCGAGCUCUCGCAGGUGGAGAAAUCGGUUGCCCCUGACGUGUUCUUGCAGCCAGGCAACCGGGAGAUAUUCGUCUCUCUCGGCAUUGAUGUCCGUGCUCUGUGGCUGAGGCGCAAGAUCCAGCACCUGACUUAGGACUGUUUUAUACUGUUGUUUCUCCAGAGGAUAUGGUGGAGACUGGAGAGGGAGUGUUGGAUGUUGUUUCUCCAGAGGAUAUGGUGGGUGGAGACUGGAGAGGGAGUAUGGGAUGUUGUUUCUCCAGCGGAUAUGGUGGGUGGAGACUGGAGAGCCAGUAUUGGAUGUUGUUUAUUGGGUCUUGGUUUAGAUUAUGGAUGCUCUGCUGGUCGGUUGGGAUUCGCAGGAACAUGGGCUUUUCUUGUAUACUGAGGUGUAUUCCAAAUUUCCUGUCAUCUGUCUUUGUGGAGAGCUUAGCUGAUGAGUACUUGAUAAUCUGUUAUAAUAAUCGAUUUAUUAUGCACCUGCACCUAGUUUAAUGUUUUACCCUGGAA